UAAAAAAUUAUCUCUAUUUGGUUUAUCCCCUUCUGCUGAAGUGCUGAGUCUGAUCAUAAUUAGCUGGCCCUUCUUACAAUGUUUACAAACCAGUGCUACAGGGAGCUACUGAGAAGUGUAAUUAGUUAUGACGAGAUUAAAUCCCCUCCUUCUCUUACUGCAGCUCCUUAAUCUACUGUCUUUGGGCAGAUGAAAUGAAUACAGAGUGAAGGUGCUCAAAUAGUGCUUUUUCCUGUUACAAAUUCAUUAGCUGGUUAAACCCAGUCUUUAUGUCUCCUUUUACUUCUAUAUGCUCUUGUGCUUCUGUCACCUCCAUUUGACCUUCAGUGUGAUUUUUUAAGAGUCAGACAUAUUGACUCUGGGUUUUAGAGCAUCUUGGUUUCUAGUGCAUCCUGAUUCAGCGGCUAUCAGAAAUGGGGUACUUAUGUGGAAUUCAAAGCAUUUUGAUAAAAUCGUGAUUUUUUAAAAUGUGUGCUGUUUUCUUGUUGAAAAUCAGCAGAUAAAAUACACGUUGAUAUUAAAUGUGAGAAUUUUUGGCUGUGAUCCAUUAAUAUGAUAAUAGUUCUGUCAGUUAGGUUUAAAAUUGUUUUUCAGUCUUUCUUUUAGUCAAGAUGAGUGAUAAGCCAGACUUGUCUGAAGUGGAGAAGUUUGACAGGUCAAAACUGAAGAAAACUAAUACUGAAGAAAAAAAUACCCUACCCUCGAAGGAAACUAUCCAGCAGGAGAAAGAGUGUGUUCAGACAUCAUAAAAUGGGGAUCUCCUCCCAAGAACAAAUUUCAACAUUGCCUGAAUGUCUUGGUUUUAGGCUUGUUUUUUGUAAACCUAUGUGUUUGUAGAGAUUUUAGGCAUCUUCUGAUGUCUUCUCAUCCAUAAUCCCUGGCGAAGAGGUCAGAGGUAACCAAUGUUCCCUUACUUUCAUUUUUAAACUUUCCAUUUUUGAACAUUCCAGCUCGCUGAUGCUGUCAGUAAUCUCACCACUGAUGACCUUUGUGUGUGUAGUCCUUGCAUCCCUAAAGGAUAAGUCACUUGUAACUUUCUACACCGGAUGUCUCUAGUGUUCCAUAACCUUCAUGAAGUGACAUGCAUUUGCAGCUUCUCAUAGUUUAUUUUCAUUUCUAAUGUAGCAAUAAAAUAAUAAAUAUAAUCAUUAUG